AUGUCCACCAGGGGUCUGGAGCCUGGGCUCAAGCAACUGGGCAGACAUUAUGGGACUUUGGCCUCAGGCCAACAUUCCCCUGUGACCACACCCGCCCCCUGGGGCCUGCCCCGCUGGAGAGCGUACAUCGCAGCUGCUGUGCUCUGCUACAUCAACCUCCUGAACUACAUGAACUGGUUCAUCAUUGCAGGAGUGCUGCUGGAUGUGCAGAAGUUCUUCCAGAUCAGUGACAGCAAUGCGGGUUUGCUCCAGACUGUCUUCAUCAGCUGCUUGCUGCUCUCUGCACCCGUGUUUGGCUACCUGGGUGACCGAUACAGCCGCAAGGCCACUCUGAGCUUUGGGAUCCUGCUCUGGUCCGGGGCUGGCCUCUCCAGCUCCUUCAUCUCUCCCCAGUAUUCCUGGCUCUUCUUCAUCUCCCGGGGCCUCGUGGGCACCGGCACAGCCAGCUUCUCCACCAUUGCGCCCACCGUCCUGGGGGACCUCUUUGUGAGUGACCAGCUGACCCGGGUGCUGGCUGUCUUCUACAUCUUCAUCCCUGUGGGAAGUGGUCUGGGUUACGUGCUGGGGUCAGUGGUGACGGACCUGACUGGGAACUGGCGUUGGGCCCUCCGCAUCAUGCCUUGCCUGGAGGCCAUGGCCUUGGUCCUGCUCAUUGCCCUGGUUCCAGACCCACCCCGGGGUGCUGCUGAGAAGCAUGGAGAGACAGUCAUGGGGGUCCCGAGGAGCACCUGGUGUGAGGACGUCAGAUACCUGGUGAGAAACUGGAGCUUCGUAUGGUCGACCUUUGGAGUGACAGCCAUGGCCUUUGUGACAGGAGCCCUGGGCUUCUGGGCCCCUAAGUUUCUGUUCGAGGCCCAUGUGGUCCAUGGGCUGCAGCUUCCCUGCCUCCAGGAGCCGUGCAACAGCCAGGACAGCCUAAUUUUUGGAGCCCUGACGGUCGUGACUGGCAUCAUUGGAGUCAUUCUGGGAGCAGAGGCUGCGAGGAGGUACAAAAAAGUCAACCCAAGGGCUGAGCCCCUCAUCUGUGCCUCCAGCCUGCUUGCCACAGCCCCCUGCCUCUACCUGGCUCUGGUGCUGGCCCCAACCACCCUGGUGGCAUCCUAUGUGUUCCUGGCCCUUGGAGAGCUGUUACUAUCCUGCAACUGGGCAGUGGUUGCUGACAUCUUGCUGUCUGUGGUGGUGCCCAGGUGUCGGGGGACAGCCGAAGCGCUGCAGAUCACAGUUGGCCAUAUCCUGGGAGACGCCAGCAGCCCCUACCUCACUGGACUUAUCGCCAGUGCCCUGCGGGCGGGGCGCCCAGACUCCUACCUGCAGCACUUCCUCAGUCUGCAGCAGAGCUUCCUGUGCUGUGCCUUUGUCAUCGCCCUGGGGGGCAGCUGCUUCCUGCUGACUGCACUGCACCUAGAGAGAGACCAGGCCCAGGUGCAGCAGCCAGGCAUAGGGACAGCAGACAACAAGGGUGCGGAGAGCCGAGACCUGCUUUCAGGUGUGGAAGCCUCUUGA